CGACAGUUAACCAAUUGUAUUUAAGUCUAGAAAGCCUAACCCUCAUUUUCCUCAACUCCCACUAUCACGUUUGACACUCUACAAAUACCCCCACAAAUACUCACUUCCCCACUUCUUUUGUGUAGAAGCAGUUUUUUGCAUUCAAUUGAGACAACCUUCUACGUACGUUGUACUCACCAACAUUAAUAUGGCUAGAAACUUUGAUAAGUCCCUCCACACCCCACCCUCUAAAACUCAAAAACUCGCCUUUGCAACCCAAGUUUUCCUCAGACUCUUGGCCAUUGCUGCUACUUUGGCUGCUGCAUGUGUUAUGCUCACCACCACCCAGACCAACGUGGUUUAUGGUAUCCAGGUCGACGCCCGUUAUAGCUAUUCUCCAGCUUUCAAGUUCUUUGCAUACGCGAAUGUUGUAGCAUCCGUCGUCUCACUUCUGUCGCUGUUUCUUGCUUUCGUCCUCGCCAAAACAGCACUUCAUUCGACACACUUCUUCUAUUUCUUCCUGCAUGAUCUGAUUAUGACAGUUUUACUGAUAGCUGGAUGCUCAGCAGCGACGGCCAUAGCCUACGUGGGGAAAUAUGGCAACACCCACACGGGGUGGAUGCCUGUCUGUGACAAUUUCGCCAAAUUUUGCAACAGAAUCAUCAUUUCUGGGUUUCUUUCUUACAUGGGAUUUGCUGUCUAUUUGAUCCUCACCAUCAUCUCCGCUAAGAAGUCGCAACAACUCGGAGCUUAGAUGUCAUCUUUUAUUGUAAAUUUGUGUUGUAUUUUCGUACUGCACUUUAUUUAUAAUAUGCACAUCGUGUGUAUUAAUAUAUUUUCCGUUA